CGUCGCCUCUGUUGCCAUGGGAAACGACCCCGGACGUGGGAGGGAGCAAAGACGUUUCCCGCCGGCGGGAGCUGCGGCUGUAGCUGAGAGAGGGGCUCCGAGGCGGCAGGUCCCAGGCUGCAGCACCAUGGCGGACCAGUUUUAUUUGGAAAAUAUAGACGAGUUCGUCACGGACCAAAACAAAAUCGUGACAUACAAAUGGCUGAGCUAUACGCUAGGGGUUCAUGUAAACCAAGCCAAACAGAUGCUGUAUGAUUAUGUUGAAAGGAAGCGAAAGGAAAAUUCAGGGGCCCAGCUGCACGUCACCUAUCUGGUAUCCGGCAGUCUCAUUCAGAAUGGACAUUCCUGCCACAAGGUUGCAGUAGUGAGAGAAGAUAAAUUGGAAGCAGUGAAGUCCAAGCUAGCUGUGACUGCCAGCAUCCAUGUGUACAGCAUCCAGAAAGCCAUGCUAAAGGACAGUGGGCCUCUGUUCAAUACUGACUAUGACAUCCUUAAAAGCAACUUGCAGAACUGUAGCAAGUUUAGUGCCAUACAAUGUGCAGCUGCAGUCCCUAGAGCUCCUGGUGAAUCUUCAUCUUCCAAAAAGUUUGAGCAGUCACACCUUCAGGUGUCAAGUGAGAUACAAGCCAACAACGAGCUGACUAUCAAUGGUCAUGGCCCACCUGCCUGCAAACAGAUUUCCCAGCAGCCCAAAGGGAUUAUGGGAAUGUUUGCCUCUAAAGCUGCUACUAAAACCCAAGAAACCAACAAGGAAACCAAAACAGAGGCUAAAGAAGUAACAAAUGCAUCUUCGGCAGGCAGCAAGGCACCAGGGAAAGGGAAUGUGCUGAGCAAUUUUUUUGGAAAAGCUGCUAUGAAUAAACUUAAAGUCAAUUUGGAUUCAGAACAAGCAGUGAAAGAAGAAAAAAUAGUGGAGCAACCUCCAGAGUCUGUCACCGAACCAAAGCUGGCAGCUCCUGCAGGCCUGAAGAAAUCCAGCAAAAAAGCAGAGCCUGUUAAGAUGCAGCAGAAGGAAAAAAAAAGGGGGAAGAGAGUAGAGUUAUCUGAUGAUGAGACAAAGGAAACUGAAAAUAUGAAGAAAAAGAGGAGAAGAAUCAAACUUCCUGAGUCUGACAGCAGUGAAGAUGAAGUCUUCCCAGACUCUCCUGGGGCUUCUGAAGCUGAGUCACCAUCCCUCCCUCCUGUGUCUCCACCUCUUGAACCAGUGCCAAAGACUGAUUCCGAAUCUCCUUCCAUCAAGAGCUCAAGUGGAGAAAACAAAAGAAAACGAAAACGUGUACUGAAAUCUAAAACUUUUGUGGAUGCAGAUGGCUCUAUGGUGACUGAAAAAUUCUACGAGAGUGAAUCCUGCACAGAUAGUGAAGAGGAGCUUAAGAUGAAGACAUCCUCUGUACACAGACCCUCAGCCAUGCCUGUGAAAAAAGAACCCAAAGAGGAACGAAAGGGCCCCAAGAAAGGGACUGCUGCUCUGGGCAAAGCCAACAGACAAGUGUCUAUUACUGGCUUCUUCCACAGGAAAUAAACUGCCAUCUCUGGUAGGUCAGAGACUUGGAGUGGUCAAGGGAGAAGACCAAGAAGUAUAGACUCUCUCACUUACUGUGUAAGUUCAUCUAGACACUCACCUCACCUGUAUCAAAAGACUGUUCUUUCAUCCUGUGAGGUUUAUACUAUUUCUGGUUUUUAACCAAAAGGAAAUUACCUGGAAGCAGGAGGCAAAAGAAUAUUUUAAAAGCUGUAACCUUCUAAUGACAUUUUUAAAGCACAAUCUUUGACCUGUCCAGAAGAAUUUAUUCCAAAAUUAAACUGGAACAGGUUUCAGAAUUAUCACUGAAGCCAUUUAGUGGCUAAUCCACUGUGCCCCACUCACCCUAUCCCCUGAUGUGUAUAUGGUGCAGGAAGUAUUCCUUCUUGUUCCUUUAUACUCUGUGAACUUGUGUGGGUACUUUUUACCCCUGAAUUCUACUGGAUGCGUUUACAACUCCCCCUGUCCUCCUAUCUUCUGUUCUCUACACUUCUGUCCCCCAACCCUAUGAAGCUGUUUUCUGUAAGUCUUUUAAAUCUUUGUUGGACUAAAGGCUGAAACAAAAAUCUCACUGUAAUCCUCUUCCUCUGUCAUAUAGUACACUGACACUUGGCUACAGACCAGGACAUUGCUUGUGUUCUGCCCCUUUCACAAAAGCUCUCUAGACCUUCACUCGCAAUUAGUGGUUAGGGAAAAGCCUCAGGCAGAACACAAAUAGAAAUUUAAUGAUGUAUUCAACUCCACCAGAAAUUACUUAGUCAGCAUGGACGAUAUUAGAGGAGUUGCCGUGUUGCCGACACAGAGUGUACUUUAUACUGCUCUGUGUGGUUUGUUGGUCUCCCCCCCUUCUCACUCUCAAUACCUAGAGAGUGAAACCUAUACAGUGAGAUAAAGUCUAAGAAGAGAAAUCCCUUCCUUCAUACAGUGUACAACAGUUACAUAAAAUUUCUCCUCAAGAAAGUGGAAUGUACAGAAACAGCAAUUUUCCAGGAAGUUAGUAAGGAAGAUAGGACACACAUUUGUGCAUAGAUAUUGUUCCUUUGUAUUUUUAGCUCCCUGAUUUGCCUAAAAGUACAGGCUCUCCGAGAAGAGAUGGAGAGAUUGAAUUGUUAGUAGGUAUAAAUAGUAAAUAAAACAUUUUUGUUUGUGA